AGCAGAGUAAAGACAAGACUCUCUCUCCCUCUCUUUCUGUGGGUAUUGUUUUAUUGAAGUCUGUCCAUCUGCGGAGUCUUUGCGCGGCUUCGGAGCGGAGACGUCUCUUUACGCACCGCCUCUCAGCGGCACACACACACAGCGACAUGCGGGAGAUCCCGGUGUGAUCCGCUCCAGUCCGCCUCUGGGUGAAGCGUGAAGUGGGCUUGAAAUGAACUCUGAAGGUGCAAGUCGUUGUCAGAGCAUUCACGAUAAGAGCCGCCGCUUCUCCUCCUCUCCCAUCCGCGUCAGAAGUUUGACCGCGGCCGGCUGACCCGAGGUUACACCUGCGUUCUCCGAUUGGCUGUUCGCCCCCCUGGACCUUCAGGUUAUCGUGGUGGAUGUUGGACGGGACAGUGAGGGUUGCAUGCAUCAGUGCCAAGAAAUUGCAUUACGUGGGAGACUUCUGUUAAGAAGACACGGAGACAUUUCUGGAGGAUGGAGUCUAGAGCUGAGCAUGGACGCACGCAAGAGAAUGGACGGUCCUCUCCCUGCACCAGCCUGAAGAUGUUUCUGGUGGCUCUGUCCUUUGCCUAUUUUGCAAAGGCUCUGUCGGGGAGCUACAUGAAGAGCACAAUAACUCAGCUGGAGAGACGCUUUGACAUCCCCAGUUACCUAAUAGGUGUCAUUGAUGGAAGCUUCGAGAUAGGUAACUUGCUGGUGAUAGCCUUCGUCAGUUACUUUGGGGCCAAGCUCCAUCGGCCAAAGAUCAUUGCAGUGGGAUGUGUGCUGAUGUCCAUCGGCACCUUCAUCAUUGCUCUGCCUCACUUCAUCAUUGGACGCUAUGAGUUUGAAACCUCGGUGCGGUGGGUAGCGAACUCCACAAUUAAUCCGUCUCCAUGUCCGGUGGGUUCAGCAGCUGACCUGAUCCGAGAUGGUAAACUGCCAGAAGUGCCAGUCGCGGGUUGUGAAAGUGAGUCCAACCUGUCAAUGUGGAUCUAUGUGCUCCUGGGAAAUGUCCUGCGAGGGAUUGGAGAGACGCCGGUUCAGCCUCUGGGGAUCUCUUACAUAGAUGAUUUUGCUAGUGAGGAGAAUGCUGCUCUCUAUGUGGGCUGUGUGCAGACCAUUUCGGUGGUUGGCCCAGUGUUUGGAUACCUGUUAGGCUCCCUGUGUGCCAAAAUCUAUGUGGACAUUGGAUUUGUAAAAAUGGAAACUAUCACCAUCACCCCUUCAGAUGCCCGCUGGGUGGGGGCUUGGUGGCUGGGCUACCUCAUAGCUGGGGUCAUCACCCUGCUCUCUGCUAUUCCGUUCUGGUUUCUUCCCCGCUCUCUGCCCAUACCUGGGCCCCAGGGACCAGAGAAGUGCACACCAGAGCAGACGAGUUUCAUCAAAGACUCCCCGCUCCUGAAGCACAAGUAUCCAGCAGAUGAACAUACAAGUUUUAUAGAGAUGGCCAAAGACUUUAUUCCAACCCUGCGCACUUUGCUGGGACACCCGGUGUAUCUCAUCUACCUGUGUGUGACGAUCAUCCAGCUGAACUCGCUCAUCGGCAUGGUUACCUACAAGCCCAAGUACAUCGAGCAGCACUUCAGGCAGUCUGCCUCAAAGGCCAACUUCCUGAUGGGUGUGAUCAAUAUCCCCGCGGUGGCACUGGGGAUGUUUUCAGGAGGUCUGCUGAUGAAGAGACUGAAGCUUAAUAUCAUGGGAGCAGCCAGGUUUGCUUUCGGGACGUCCCUGAUUGGCUACUUCCUUUCGUUGUUCUUCUUCGCAAUGAGCUGCGAGAACGCCAAGAUAGCCGGAGUGACACUUUCGUACGACAGGUGCAUAAAACCACAGCUGAAAUCUCUGGCCUUGGGUUUCCACGCUCUGGCAACACGUACCCUCGCAGGGAUCCCAGCACCCAUCUACUUCGGAGCGAUCAUUGACACCACAUGUCUAAAGUGGGGUCAGAAGAGGUGUGGAGGCAUAGGAGCCUGUAGAAUCUACAACACCACUGCAUACAGGAUUGCGUACCUGGGCCUGACACUGAGCCUGCGGACUGUCUCGUUCCUCAUCUGCAUCCCGGGCUUCAUUCUGCUCAGUCGACAGCUGAAGAGGGAAGAGAGAAACGCCAUGCACGGAGCUCUGGCCAAUGGCGGCACGGAGCUGGAGGCGCUCAGGAAGGAGGAGCUCAUGAUUUCUAAUUCUGACCAGUUACAGCAAAUGUCAGAUAACAGCACAGACAGGGAGACACGGCUGUGACCGACCCAGCAGAACUGACUCCUUUUUCCCCUUCACUCACACUCACACACACACACACACACACACAUUCGACAGAUGAACAAAUACAACCAACGUGUGUGUGUGUGUGUGUAUAUAUAUACACCCACCCACAGUGAUACUGUACACGCACACGCAGAUUGAGAUUUGCAGGGAAUGACACCUUUUAACCGAUUAUCUCAUAUAGAGCAAAAUUCUAUAUAUUUGUACUACAGGACCUUUGGAGGAUUUGUGAAUUUGAAAGAAAAUUUGAUAUAAAUGAAAUAUUUCUUGAAUGUAUAUGCUGUUAUUUUUAUUCCUUUAUAAAUACAACAAUAUUUUUCUGUUUAAAUGGGAGAACUAGAGAUUAGAUGAGAAAUGUGAUUCGUGCACACGACUGCAAAAACAGUGUCACUCUGAACACCAGCAUUCUUAAAGCAGCCUCUAUUUUUGUUAACUUCCAAAUUAAUUCUUUUUUUCCUGAUGCCAGAAAAGAAGUGGCCUUAAAAACCAGAGGCGUGACUCUAGAUUUGAUCAUGAAUUCAUAAAUUUGAAUGACGAAAAUUAAGCCUCGGUAGAGACAGGAAGUGAGUCGAUUUUUUGCAGAGUUUUUAAAAGAGAGGACAAGCAGGGCGCUGUAGAAAUAUGUGUCAGUAUUUCAGGAAUUCUUAGAGGGCUCAGCUCUUAUUUUGACAUUUGUGCCUCAUUCUCUCGACAGUUUACCUAGAAAUCGUGUGCAUCAUCUGCUGAUUGUAGAGAGGAGCAAUUUUCACUCACAUCUUAACAUCAUGUUAUCUUACUUACUAAUCUAAAUUUUCAGAUAGAAAGUCUCUGCACUCGUUUAGGAACGGUUUCAUUUCUGAUCCAACUGACUCUAAAACGUUUGCGUUUUACUUUUGAGACUAAAGUCAGGGCUUCUGCAGUUUUGUGUUGUGCACUUUUGGGAUGUGACUUUGUUCCUUUGGUAUUCAUAAUCGCUUGAAAUUGAAAUGGGGCGGCUGCCACAAGGAGGCAGUACCAUAACUGUCGUUAUAUGGUAUUAAUGAGGAACAAAUUUAAGAAUACACAAUCUGCUAAAUGGGCUGAGACAGAUCAUUUGGAUUUGACUGAAUUGGCUGUUAUCUUUGUGGGUGAGCUGAAUGUGUGCCCUCAUGAUGCUGAUAGAAAACAUAAAUGUCUAUCAAUUAAUUCUUUGGGCAAACAACGCUGUGUGUAAAGAAAAAAAGUCUGCAUUUGUGUUGCUGAUGUGUAAAAGCUCUGCUUCUGCGUCUCCAGCUGUUGCUAUAUGUUUCAUUGGUCAGUGUUUUUACUUUACAUAGUUUUUUGGUUAGCCCCAAAUUCCACAAACAGAAAAAUCAGUUUAUUCUCAGGUUUUAUUUCAACAGCAGCUGCAUCCCAGCAUCCGAACCCAUCCCAAGGAAAUCUGACAAAAGGAUUUCUGCUGUUUUUCCUCAACACAACUGUCAAACAAAUAAUUAUUUUGCUUCUGUAAAUGUAUAACAACACCACUCUGCAAGAAUUUGUCCAUUUCGUCAAGUUUGUAGUGACCGUAUUUCAGGUUUAGUUUUUAGGCACAAGUUUUGGCCACACGUGCAGACUCAGAGGAGCAGUGAGCGCUAUAGAGGAAGAAAAGUCAUUAUCUCAGUAAUGUAAGACAUCUACUUGCAUUAAAUUAGAAUGUAAAUAAUUUCAUUUGAUUAUAUUUUGUAAAAUUUCAAAUAUCUUAAAUGUAACACUAAAAACUAUUCAUAUCCAAUCAAAUAUGUUGGUGUUAUUUUUUCAAGCUGCUUAAUAAAACACAGAGGAUAAAGAAACAUGUCUUUAUUAAACACAAUCUAUUGCAUCCACCUGCAAGGCACUUCCUUCUGAUUCAUGUCUACAACAAAUAUAUAAGAAUCUCACUUCCAAAGCAUGUUUGCAGUUUCAUAACCCGAAAAGAAAGUGAAAAACCUCAUGCAAUAAUCACUUUAGCAUGAAAAACGUGGGAAACAUUGAUGCGUCCUAUGAUAAUAAUCUCAGAUCCUCUUAGUCACAUGAAACUGUGUGGAAAACAGAAAUACAAGGAAAACCAUACAGAGCGACCCUCAGUGCAACUGGUGCCUCAAACCAAAAUGUAAACACUUGAAACACAGUGCAAGUAUCGGGACCGUCUGUGGCCCAGAAACAUGAAUAUAUCUGAUUUAAGACUGAAAUAAGAUCACAAAUGGUGAAAUUAAAUUUAAAUUCAAAUGAUUUUGUCCUCCUGUAGAAAUUCUGUUUCAAGUAUAUCGACAGGUGUGUCACAGAAAAUGAUCCUCAACACAGAAAGUAAAAUGAACGAAGAAAAAGGGAAAAAAAUAUGGAUGUUUUGCAACUGUUACAAUCCCCUCAGGUUAAAAAAGUACACAGAAUUGGCUGGAAUACAACAUAAACAUGUCAUGUUGUUCUUUCUAAACACAACUGUACAUGCAAACUACAUUUGCAGAGCAACAGACAUAAUUUACUUUCUGUGAUAAGCUCAAAGGGGAUGCAGGAGGUCUCCCGGCUACAUACAGAAAUAAAGAAGUAAAUCUUAAGUAUCAAAAUACAUUCAGUGGUUUACCAGUAAUAUUGUGCUGCAGCUACUGACAGAUCUUACAUCUGUGUACUGGCCUGACAGAAAUUUCACCUUAAAGCAAAUAAAAGUGACUUUAACACACAGUGAUUACAGUGCUCAGUAAUCUUCAGACUUGGGUCAGUUACUCAUUUGAUUCUUUCCAAUAACCUUACCCAAUGAAUCUGUCUGAUAGAGUGUCAAGGUAAAAAAAAAAAAA